CAACCCUCCGAUGUAAGGACCUGCUCAUCUACUCUCAUUCUCCUACCUAGCCCCCGCCCCCGCUCCCUGGUUUUGUCCUAUUUUUUUUUUUCUUUUUCGUUUUUGUUGCGUAAUUAAAAUUUUAGUUUAAAAAGUGUAAAAAUUAUACAUUUCAAUCUCCACACGGUUCUUCUCGAUCGUUACAGAGGGCUUCGAUUGCCUUCGAUUUCUUUUUUUCAAACAAAAAACAUUCUGACGAGGGUUGGGAUCUCGAGAUUGUUAGUGGUCGUUUUUGGGGCUAGGGUUUCUGGAUAGUGAGAGUUUUUUUAGUUGGUAUUCGAUCGCCUUCCUUUCGAUUUUGCCGAAAGGAUUCUUUAGGGUUGAGGGUCUUGCCUUUUAGAUUCUUGGAUGGAGAAGAGAAAGGUGGCCGUUCCUCUCGUCUGCCAUGGACAUUCGCGGCCGGUGGUGGAUUUGUUCUACAGCCCCGUUACUCCAGACGGAUUCUUUCUCAUCAGCGCGAGCAAAGAUGCCAGUCCUAUGCUGAGAAAUGGUGAGACAGGAGACUGGAUUGGAACUUUUGAAGGGCAUAAGGGUGCCGUCUGGAGUUGCUGCCUUGAUACCAAUGGUUUACGCGCUGCAUCUGGUUCAGCUGAUUUCACAGCGAAAAUAUGGGAUGCAUUAACUGGAGAUGAAUUACACUCGUUUGAACACAAGCACAUUGUUCGCGCAUGUGCCUUUUCCGAGGACACACACCUGUUGCUCACUGGAGGAGUCGAAAAAAUGUUACGGAUAUUUGAUUUGAAUCAUCCAGAUGCACCUCCAAGAGAAGUUGAUAAAUCACCUGGUUCGAUUAGAACUGUUGCUUGGCUUCAUAGUGAUCAGACAAUAUUAAGUUCUUGCACCGAUAUUGGGGGUGUGAGGUUAUGGGAUGUAAGAAGUGGAAAUAUUGUCCAAACUCUUGAGACCAAGUCACCCGUUACCAGUGCUGAAGUUAGCCAAGAUGGCAGAUAUAUCACUACUGCUGAUGGAUCAUCUGUCAAGUUUUGGGAUGCAAACCAUUUUGGACUUGUUAAAAGCUACAACAUGCCAUGUACUGUUGAAUCAGCUUCGCUUGAACCAAAACUUGGCAACAGAUUCAUUGCUGGAGGCGAAGAUAUGUGGAUUCAUGUUUUUGAUUUUCAUACUGGGGAGCAGAUCACUUGCAAUAAGGGUCAUCAUGGACCUGUCCAUUGUGUACGGUUUUCUCCAGUAGGUGAAUCAUAUGCUUCAGGUUCAGAAGAUGGGACCAUAAGAAUAUGGCAGAUGAGUCCUGCCACUGCUGAUGAGAAUGAGGUGACCGGGGCGAACGGUUCUGCUGGAAAAGUGAAGGUUGGUGCAAAUGAAGUUGCUCGGAAAAUCGAGGGUUUUCACAUUAGCAAGGAUGGACCUAGCGAGGGGUAGGAUGCUGCCUCACUAGAUUCCCGAUGCUGCGCUCGAUAGCGUAUAAGAAGGCUUAUUCCUUAUUGAUCCAAUUACCCCCUCUAAGCUUUGGAGGGUGUGGUUGCUAUUAAAUGGGUGCCCUUCUCAUGCUUAAUUGCAGCCGUCUUCUAAGAAUAACCAGCCGAGGUUCCAUGUGCUUUAUUGAACAAUCCUUUAUAAAGAAACUUAAAAACCUUGUGCUGUAUAUUUAAUAUUUUGAUCUUUGUGGAGUUAUAUUAGUGUGGUGGUACUAUA